UGGGGGUGGGAGGGGGUCAGGCGGCCUCCAGCAGCAGCAGCAGGAUCCUGCCCUUUAUUUUCUUCUUCUGACAGCAAAAGACUCUUUAUCCGCACAGCAUUGUUUUCCAAACAGUAACUGAGUAAAUGUGGGUCACAUUGCUGCCAAAUCCGAGGGUCAAACCAGGGACCUAGACAACUAUUACCUGUUUAUUUUCCUUUCUUCAUACUCCCCCUCCCUUCAGUGCUCCUCUUCCUCCUCCCUGGAACCCUCCCUCCUCCUCCCCAACUCCCCCCAUAUUGCUUUUCUUUUUAUUUCUUGAGGGAAGAUGGGUUGUUUGGGUAAUAGUAAGACUGAAGACCAGAGAAAUGAGGAGAAGGCACAAAGAGAAGCAAACAAAAAGAUUGAGCAGCAGCUCCAGAAGGACAAACAGAUCUACCGAGCAACACACAGACUACUACUUUUAGGAGCUGGAGAAUCCGGAAAGAGCACCAUUGUGAAACAAAUGAGGAUCCUUCAUGUCAACGGCUUUAAUGCAGAGGAAAAGAAACAGAAAAUUCAGGACAUUAAGAACAACAUUAAAGAGGCUAUUGAGACCAUUGUAACAGCUAUGAGCACACUUACACCACCAGUGCAGCUGGCCUGUCCGGAAAACCAGUACAGGAUUGACUAUGUCCUCAACCUCAUCAACCAGAAAGACUUCGACUUUCCAUCAGAGUUUUAUGACAACGCAAAGAAGUUGUGGCAGGAUGAUGGGGUCCGUGCGUGCUUCGAGAGAUCCAAUGAGUAUCAGCUAAUCGACUGUGCACAAUACUUUCUGGACAAGAUCGACAUUGUGAAACAGAGUGAUUAUUCCCCAACGGAUCAGGAUUUGCUUCGGUGCCGAGUUUUGACUUCAGGGAUCUUUGAAACGAGAUUCCAAGUAGACAAAGUCAAUUUCCACAUGUUUGAUGUUGGAGGUCAGAGAGAUGAACGCAGGAAAUGGAUUCAGUGCUUUAAUGAUGUGACGGCCAUCAUCUUUGUGGUGGCCAGUAGCAGCUACAACAUGGUGAUCAGAGAGGACAAUCAGACCAACCGAUUACAGGAGGCCCUCAACCUCUUCAAGAACAUCUGGAACAACAGGUGGCUGCGGACCAUUUCUGUCAUUUUGUUCCUAAAUAAACAAGACCUGCUGGCAGAGAAAGUUCUAGCAGGGAAAUCUAAAAUUGAGGAAUACUUCCCUGAAUUUGCUCGCUACACCACACCUGAUGAUGCGACACCGGAACCUGGAGAGAAUCCUCGUGUUACAAGAGCAAAGUACUUCAUUAGAGACGAGUUCUUGAGGAUCAGCACAGCAAGCGCAGAUGGGAGGCACUACUGUUACCCUCACUUCACCUGCGCUGUCGACACGGAAAACAUCCGCAGGGUCUUCAACGACUGUCGAGACAUCAUCCAGCGGAUGCACCUGCGGCAGUACGAGCUGUUGUGAUGGGACUUCCUCUGAAAAAAGAACAGACUACAGAAAAAGAUGCUGAACACUGGGUCUCUGAACUCCCCUCUUCCACGGAUGUGUGCUAGUGCCUGCAGCAAAGAAAAGGCCAAAGUACACACACUUACACACAUCCUAAACCCAGAGCUACCCCUGAUGCAACGUCCCCAUGUGAUGAGGGAUUUGAUGAAGGGGUUUCUGUGAAUGAAAAGAGAAUGAAAAUAAAGACUUGAGAUCUCCACCUUCAGCCAUAUUCCAAGCUCCUCACCUUUCUGACAUCAAGUAUUGUCCUCCAUCACCCAUCUGACAGCGGCCCAGGCCUGACUGAGUUUCCCAGCUUAGAGAUUUUGUUACAUUUGUGUUGAUGAAAAAAACCAAGAGAGCUAAAAACAGAGAACUGUUGACUUACUGCAAAAAGACAAAUGUGUCACCAUAGAUGAGCAGAACACUGUAUCUAAAUAAAUAAGGAGAAUGACAGAAUAAAAACAACCAACACACAAGCACUGUGCUCAGGAUCUGACUUGAACCAUCUACAUCGAACCUUCUGGUCACUCAGACGUCUUUGAGUCCAGCGCAUGGAGUCUGCUCUCUGCCAUGAACAGCAGGAUCCUCCCAUCCGCCUUCAGGCUGCUCAGCUUGUUGAGGUCCCAGCUGAUUUAUCAUCAGAGAGACUUUGAGGGAUCGAGUUCAGACUAGCGGACCUUUGUGGGGUGUUGAUGGGUGGGUUGUUGGUGAAGUGGCUGCAUUGACUCCUGAGCUGUUAAGCCACCCAACUCUGCCUCAUCCGACGGCAGUGGAGCCAAACUAAGGAAAAUGUAUUCAGUAAAAAAAAAAAAAUCUAAAAAUGCCAACUUUUGUGGAAUCAAAGACCAGACUGCGUCAUCCAGUAGUAGAGUACCGUAUAAAUUAACAAGAACUCAUCCUGUUUUACUGUCUCCACAGCUGUUUUUUUUUUUCUGUGUAGACUUUGUGCCAUUGUGCCCCGUGUGCCCAUUAUUGCUGUUUUGCUUACUCUCCAUCCUCACUCCCUUCCAACCACACAUUUAUUUCUUGCUCUCUGCCUCCUCCCAUCAGCAUCCUCAGCUACGUGUUUUUGUUUCAAAUGAGAAUGAGAUGUUAAAACCCAGAACUUUAGAGAAACAGACACCAACCAGAAUCCCUCCCUUUUUUCUUCUUUAUGUAUCUGUGUGGUUAAGCAACCCUCCCUCCCUCCCAUCAUUCCUCCCUUGACCUCCUGCUGCUUUGUCUGUAUGUCUUUACUUUACUGCUGAACUAUUAUUCUUGUACAGACUGUAAAAUGUAUUAUUUUGUACUUUAUUGAAGAAAAAAAAAGAAUUAACUUUUAGAAGAUCCCUGUGCCUUGAUCACGACUGUACGUGUGUAAUGAGCUAAAGUGGGUGUCAUACUGCGCUGUAUAGCUUGGCCAAUCCUCCUGACUCCUCACCAUCCUCCCUAACUCCCUCUCUGUCCAUGUUUUCCCUUCUCAGAGAUGAUGGGGAAAAACCACCUGUAGCUUUUUUUGUUUUCCUUUUUUUCCCUCCUUCACUCCUUCCCACCCUACCCCUUUUCUCUCAUUAUGAUUUCAAUGUCUAUUUUUGGAUCCAUAUACCCC